UUAAGAUUGAACUUUUUUUGGUGAGGUUCCUGAGAGAGGAACGGCAGCGGCUAUAUUUUGAAAUUUCAACUACUCUACUCUUCUCUUCUAAAACACGUUAAAGAUUAACAACAAAAUGAAUAUUUUCAGUCUGAUCAAGAAAGUGGUUAAGGAAUCAAUCCCAGGAUUCUUAUACAUCGUUGGUUUAGCUGCAAGCCAAAUUUCUGAUUCUUUUCAAGUUAUUUUCCCUAACAAGGUGUGGGAGAGGGUCAAUAAAAUACUAUUGAUUAUAUGUGGAUUCUUAGGUAUCGGAGCUUAUUUCAUUGAAAAACGUCAAAAUCAAAAUGAUUUAAAUGAUCUCAGACAACAUUUUAAUGUUGCUGAUGAAAAUUCCGUUAUAUCCAAAGAACAUGAAUUUAAUAAACAGAAGUUUGGGAUUGCCAUUAAUUUUGGAUCCAGAUCCAAAUCCAGUUCGAGUUCAACAAUAAAUAAUCCAGCUUAUGAACAUGAAUUAGUUUAUGGUGAUUUAGAUGAUUUAUAA